GUCACUUGAUCAUUUUCACUUUUGCGUUUUACAAGUAUAAGAUAUAAUGGCCGCGAAUUGAAAAAGUAAAAUAAUUUUUUUUUCAAGUUAUAUAUUAUUUAAAUUAUUAUAUUAAAAAAAAUUAAUGAAUAUACUAAUAUAUAAAACAAUAAAUUGGAAUAUUUUCUUAAUCUAGAAAAUAGUGGAUAAAUUUUUGAAUUGUUUUAAGCUUUGAAAGGAAAUUUUUAAUCUUUUCAUUGUACAUACAUACAUAUUUCGUAUUAAACGAUAUAUGUACAAAUAUGUCUUAAACUGUACUUCUUUGGACCUAAGAAUUAGAAAAAAGGAACAGGUUAUUCAAAAAAUAAAUAUUUGUCUACAAGAUCAACAAAUUUUUCCAAUAAAAUUAAAGUAAUAAAAAAAGGUAAAAAUUUUUGUAGGAAACAAAAGAAAAUUUAAAAAUCACAAAAUAUAUGAAGAAAAAGAACCCACAAAAAUCAAUAAAGAAUUUAAAAGAAAAAAUAAAACCAAUCUUCAAAUACAUACAUACAUACAUACAUAUGUAUUAUGUAAUUAGUGUAAAAAAACUCUAUUUUAAAAAGAAUUUGAAAACAAAAACUUAAGAGUGAAAAUAUAUAUACAUACUACAUACAUAAAUAAUUUUAAUUGAAAUUUAAAUUGAAUUGAAAUUUAAAAUAAAAGAAAGAAAUCAAAAUGAGUGUUAUUAUUCGAUUACAAAAUCUACCAUGGUCUGCAAAUGCUUUGGAUAUUCGAGCUUUCUUUCGUGGACUAUCAAUACCCGAUGGUGGAGUUCAUAUUGUUGGCGGUGAAAUGGGAGAUGCAUUUAUUGCCUUCAGCACUGAUGAAGAUGCCCGUCAAGCGAUGUCCUUAGAUAAAGGGAAAAUAAAUGAGGUUCAAGUUCGUUUAUUGUUAUCAUCAAGAGCUGAAAUGCAAAAAGUUAUUGAACAAGCUAGACAAAAUUCUUUAGCUAUGCAAAUGCAACGUUCUUCAAAUACCGCCGUUUUAAAUAAAGCAAAAUUAUUAACAGAAACUGUACAAAAUAAAUCACAAGAAGCAAAAAUUCCUCAACCACCAAUAAUAACUUCGAACACUUUGACAAACAUUUUAUCAAAUCAAUCUAAACAACAAUAUCCUGGUAUUUUGAAUAAUGAAAAUUCAUCUGAAUCUUAUAAGUCUGUGAAUGAUAAAGUGAUUGAAUCUCGAGAUCCUAGAAAUAUACCAGAAUCUCAAAGUAUAGAACGGAGUGAUCCUAGAUUAAGAAAUCGUAACCGUGACCGUUAUACGUCUCACUCACGUUCUUCAUCUCGUGAUAGAGAUCGUCGUCGAUCUAGUUCUAGAGAACGUUCAAGUCGAAAACGGGGAUAUGACAGAUCACGGAACAGAUCAAGGGAAAGAUCUCGCGAAAGAUCUAGAGAUAGAAGUCGUGAUCGUGAUAGAAGGUCUAAUAGAGAAAAAUAUAGACGUAGCAGAUCAAGAAGUCGAGAUGGGAGCACAGAUCGGUUUGGACGUCGUAAGCAGAAUUCACGUGAAAAAGAUUUAGUGGCAAAAAUUAAAGAAACCAAAGAAAUAGAUUCAAAGGAAGUAAAUAAAAGAGAUAAAGAUAAUAUCAGUUCAAAAAAUAAAAAUGAUGCAAAAAAUGCCAAAAGUAUUGAAGAGGAAGUAGCAAUGAUAUUAGACGAAGAUGAAGAUGAGGAAAAUGAGGUAGAACAACCACCCAUUCCUCCGCCAAAUAGUCAUAAACUGAGUACUCCGUUUGGAUUAACUAAUCAAUUUUUUCCAAACUUGUUGCAAGGUUAUACUACAAUCAGUCAAAAUAUGGAUCAAUUACAACAGCAACAAAAACAAAAUAGUUCUAUUACUUCUUUACCUCAAACACCAUUUCUUAACAACAAUAACGUCGAUAAUGCUAAACAACAAACAAAUUUUCAAAAUACUUUUGGGUAUCAAACUCAAUUACAAACCCCUAUAAAUACCAUGGCGCAAAAACCAUUAGGAUCAAUCCUAAGUAAUUCGAAUGCAGAUUCAAAUAAUAUAAAAAGUUCAAACGAAGCAUUUGAUGAAAAUAAAUUCAAAGAAAUGAUGAUGGCUAAUGAAAAUAAACUUUUGCAAAUGGGUCCCUAUGGAAAUUUACUUAAUAUGCCAAAUAUGCCAGGAGUUACAACAUUUCCUUAUCAGAACUUGAUGAAUCCGGUAGUAACCACUCCAAAUAAUUUAAAUUACAGGCAGCCUGCAAUGCCGUUUCAAAAUCCUUACACUAUGAUGGCAAAUUUAUCUAACCAAAUAGGGGGUAUAGAUAACUUUGCGACAAACCCUUUGUUACAACCAUCUUUGCAAAUGGAUAAUCAAGAUAAAGCCUUAACAAAAACGCCUACAAAUGUGCAAAAUACACCCAGUUUUCCUGGUGUUUUAACAAGUAAUAUUAGUAAAAAUUUGGAAAAUCUUAAUAAAUUUAAUGCUGUAGCCAAUCAAGUGAAAGCAAAAAUUGAUGCGCAGGGUAAUUUAAACGCUUCAAGACAGAAUGAGUCUUUUCGUGAUCCUAGACAGGAAAAAAGGAGUAGAUGGGAUCCUACCACAUCAGACUCUAAUAAAAAUAAUCAGAAUAAAAAUUCUAAUUACAUGGAUUUAAAAAAUAAUCAAGAAGGAAAUAUUAAUAAUAAUGUUAACCCAUUUAGCAACGUGAACUUUGAUAACAAGUCAAAUUCUGAUCGCAGAAACGAUAAUCAACUUGAUAGAACUUACAAACAACCAGAAAUUAUGUCUCCCAAAAAUGAUGAACCAAUAUUUGGAAUGCAUUACGGAACAAAUACAUUUAAAUCCAAUAAUAAUGAAAGAAAUGCACGAGGUAGAUUUGAAGACAAAAAUAAAGAUAAAAAAGUUGAAAAUGAGGUUCGUGGUAAAUGUGUAAAAAUUAGUAACCUUGAUGCUGGUUCAGCUCAAUACAGUCAGAUAAGACGGUUUUUUAAUGGAUUAUAUGUUGCAAAUAAUGGUAUUAAGAUGAUUAAUAAUGAAGAUGGUAACAGAACUGGUGUUGCUUACGUUCGCUUUGUAAGAACUGAAAGUAAACCAAAAGCUUUAAUGAGAAAUCAGUGCUAUUUAAAAGAUAGAAAAUUAAAAGUAGAAAGUGUAACUGAUGAGGAAUUCGAUAAUCAGGUUGAUUCAUAUAAGCCAUCCAAAAGAUCAGAUGAUUACAGAAAUAGAGAUGAUCGACAUCAAAAUUAUAAAGAUAAAGAUGAAGAUGAUUUUGAUAAAAGGGGUGGAAAAUAUAAAGAAUAUGAUUCCGGUAAUGAAGAAUCAGAUGAAGAUGAUGAUGUCAAAAUUUCUAAGGAUAAAACAGAUAAAGAUAGUGAAGCAAUUCUUAAAAUUCUUGACUUGCCGUUGUUAACAACUGAGUUAGAUAUAAUGAAAAUGUUUUCAUCUUAUACAAUACUUGAUAUAUUGUUAGAUAAAGAUCCCAAAAAUCGUCGUCAAAUGUAUUGCUUGGUAAAAUUUCAUCGAAGUUCAGAAGCUAAGUCUGCUUACGAAAAUAAAUCACUACAUUUAUUAGGUCACAGAAAUGUUAUAGUAAAAUGGUCAUCAGAGGCACAAUUUUCAAAAUUAAAAGCAAGUUUGGAUGGUUCUGAUGAUAAUCAAAAUACAAAUUCAGAAAAUGUAAAUACAAAUGACAACGAUAGUAAAAAUGAGAAAACUGAAAAUACUGACCAAAAUCUAGAAACAAAUUCAAUACAUUCCGAAAAUGUAGAAGAUGAAAGUACAGAUAAAAGUGAGAAUGCUCCUAAAUUUGGAUCAUUUUUAGAAAAAUAUGAUACAAACAGUAAUCAUUCUAACACAGCGAACAUACCAAGUCUUUUAAGCUUAAAUCCAAUAGAAAUUCCAGUGGUUGAUGAAACGCCGAUAGAAUCGAGACGUCGUCAAAAUCCAAUGCAAUAUAAUAAUGAACAAAAUAUUCGAUCACUUGAUUUUAAACGUUUCGUUUACCUGCGUAAUUGUGUUUAUAAAUUGAAACAAUUAGAUUACGCAAACUUUUUCCGUACAAUAAAUUUAGAACCAGUUAGAAUUGAAAUAAUAUAUUCAAACGGCCGACCAAAUGGUGAUUGUGUCAUUGAAUUCGAUAGCCAAUUAGAUGCUGAAAGAGCCUUAACAAAAAAUAAUCAGCAGUUUUGUGGUAGAAGCUGCAGAAUCGAAAUAAUUAAUGCAAAUCAAGCUGCUGAUAAAAUAGGAGAUGAUAGUAUAAGAAUGAAUCCCAACGCAUUAUUACCACCAAGUACGAAUUUAUUUGGUAGUUCCAAUUUGUUUAGCGAAAAUAAUAAUAAUCCGUUUAAUCGAAACUCUAAUGAUUUUGGUUUUAACAACAGAAUGAAUUCUGAUAUGAGAAAUAACCGAAGUAGUGGAAUGGGAUCAUUUGAGCGUAAUGGUCGAUAUGAUAGAGAUCGUCAAGAUGGAAAUCGCGACGAUAAUAAUAGAAAUAGGCAUUUUGGCGAUCAAGAUCGAAGAUCAAAAUUUGAUAAUAACGGUAGACGCUCCAGAUAUGAUAACAAUAAUCGAAAAGGUGGAGGAAACGACCGAACAAAUCAAGAUAAUUUUAGCGAAAAUUCAAAAGACAAAGAUUUCGAUGACAACCAUUUUGGAAAUAAAAAUGACGAAGACGAACGUAAUAAUUCAGUGGAAAACAGACCUGUGAAUAAUAUGAACAUUAUUUCAAAUUCAUCAGUUGAUCAAUUUGGAAAACCAGACUGUGUUUUAGCUUUAUCAAACGUUCCAUAUAAGGCGGAUACCAACCAGAUAUUAGAGCUUUUUUCUGAUUUUGAUGUUUCUCCACAAAGUGUUAUCCGGCGUUACAAUGAUAGUGGACAACCGACAGGAGAUGCAAGAAUCGCAUUUGUUUCACCUGAAGAAGCUAAGCGUGCAUUGAAUGAAGUAAGAAAUCAAAAGAUAUUCAAUAGAGUUAUUCAUUUAAAUUUAUUAAGUAAGAGCUUUUAAAGAAUUAUUAUAUGAAUUAUGAAUUUUAAUAAGUUAGUUAUAAAUUAUUAUAUUACUGCAUUAGUUUAGGUUACUAAAUAAAAAUAGUAAUUAGCGAUAGUUCUUGUAAAAUAUUAUGGGAUUUCUUGCAAGAAUCUUAUAUGUUGUAUAAAUUGAUUGAAAAUGUAUUUAUAGUUAAUAUCAUAUUAUAGCUUUUAGAUAUUACUUUUUUUCUUAAAAUA